UAGCACAUUCUGCAGCCUCAGCUCAGCUCACACUCCUCACCUCAAACACACUCAGCUCGACCUCCUCCCAUGAGAGGCGCCCCUUCCUCUCCAUGGCCUCCUCCUCCCUCCUGCCCCCGGCCACCUUCGCCAAAAAGCACCAUGCGCUCCUCCACCCGAACGGUGCUGCCAAGCACCGGCUGAUCAGGUGCGGUUCAGCGGCGUCCAGCGACGGCGUCCCGGACGAGCUCCUCAGAAGCGCGCUGCAGCUGAGCAAGCCCGGUCCGCCGGUGGCGACGGUGGUAAGCGACACGGGCACCGAUGGCUGGGGAGAUCUUCUAAACGAGUUCAAGAACGCGCUCCAAGCUGACUCGUCCGACCCGGCGGCCAGCGACGCGACGUCCAUCGCCGGCGGUGGCGCGGCUGUCCCAGACGAGCUCCUGAGCUCGCCUCUGGCCAGCGACGCGACCAAUGCAGCCGCAGCGGUCGGCGUACCGGACGAGGUCCUGGCGAGCGGGGCCGACCCGUCCGGCGGCCUGCUUAACCCAGGCGACGUGGCGACCAACGCCGUGGACGCCAUCCCCGACGAGCUCCUGGGCGCGCUGCACCUGGACGCGUCGAACCCCGCCGUACGCUUGGCCGGCGGCGCGCUGUCCGGGCUGGAGGAGCUGACGGCGGGGCUGACGGAGCCGGAGCGGUGGGCGCUGUUCGGGUUCGUGGCGGUGACGUGGCUGUACCUGACGGCGCGGCCCGGGGUUCUGGGCGGCGCCGUGGACACGUACCUGCUGGCGCCGCUGCAGCUGGCGGUGGACAGCGUGCUGGGGCGGCGGAGCUUGAAGAUGACCGACUUCGUGGUGGGCGAGCGCAUCGGGGAGGGGUCGUUCGGGGUGGUGUACGCCGGCGCCGUCGUGCCCAGGGGCGGCCCCGUGGUCGAGGAGAGGGUGGGCAAGGCCAAGACCAAGCUCCAGCUCGACGACAGGUACAAGCAGAAGGUCAUACUCAAGAAGAUAAAGAUUGGGACGACUGGAGCCAAAGAGUGCGGCGACUACGAGGAGUGGUUCAACUACCGGAUGGCGAGGGCGGCGCCGGAGUCGUGCGCGGAUUUCAUGGGGAGCUUCGUCGCCGACAAGACCAAGUCGGAGUUCGUCAAGGGCGGCAAAUGGCUCGUGUGGAAGUUCGAGGGCGACCGGACGCUGGCCAACUACGUGACGGACCGCAACUUCCCGUCGAACAUGGAGACGCUCAUGUUCGGGCGGGCACUGCGGGGCGUGGACUCGCUCACCAGCGGCGCGCUGGUGGUGAAGCAGGUGAUGCGGCAGCUCGUCACCUCCCUCCGCCGCAUCCACGACACCGGCAUCGUGCACCGCGACAUCAAGCCCUCCAACCUCGUCGUCACCCGCCGCGGCCAGGUGAAGCUCAUCGACUUCGGCGCCGCCACCGACCUCCGCAUCGGCAAGAACUACGUGCCCGACCGCACCCUGCUCGACCCGGACUACUGCCCGCCCGAGCUCUACGUCCUCCCCGAGGAGACCCCCACGCCGCCCGCCGAGCCCAUCGCCGCCAUCCUCUCCCCGAUCCUCUGGCAGCUCAACAGCCCCGACCUCUUCGACAUGUACUCCGCGGGCAUCGUGCUCAUGCAGAUGGCCACGCCGGGGCUCAGGUCGCCGUCCGGGCUCAAGAACUUCAACUCAGAGCUCAAGGCCGCCGGGUACGACCUCAACAGGUGGCGGGAGACCACGCGCCGGAGACCCGACCUGCAGAUCCUCGACCUCGACUCCGGGAGAGGAUGGGACCUCGCCACCAAGCUCCUCGCACAGCGCGAGCAGGGACGGCUCUCCGCCGCCGCGGCGCUCCGACACCCGUAUUUCCUGCUCGGUGGAGAUCGGGCCGCCGCCAUCCUGUCAAAGCUGCAGCUCAGCAAAUAAUAUACUAGGCUACUACAUUCAAAACCCUGCAUAUAUACACUUAUAUAUAGAUGUGCAUUGCCAAAUUAUCUUUCUGUCAUAUAGGCUACUGCAUUCAAAAACCUGGCUCCUGACAUGAGAUGAUGCAAGAUCGAUCACCAAUGGUGGCAUUGGCAUUUUUGUUGUACAGUCAGUCAUGAUUCAUGAGAGGGAAUGUACACAAGGCAUCUGCUGUCAAUCAGUACAUUGUCUCGUAUUUGUCGUUCA